CAGCCAGGCACAAAAGCGCCCGCCCUUCUUUGGAUUACGAGAAGUUUGAUCUGGUUUAGUUUGGAUGUUGGUUUGAUUGGUAUCAAGUGAGGAGACCCCAUGACAAUCGUAAAGUCUGCCUUGUCUUAGAAAGCAGCAACGGAACCCCGCUGAGGCUUGCGCGUUCACGAGCUUGGUACCGUGUACCAAGCUUUUCUCAACGAACCGACCGGAGAGGGUUGGGGUGUUCCCUGGCGCCGUGACAACCGGUAUGUGGUUUGGGGAAAACAUGGGGGGAUUAGACGGGUGCAGCGAUUCGUCAAUCAAUUCCAGAACAUGUUCUCAAAUGAAUGAGGAUACAUUCGUCGACAGGAAAAUUAGUCAGACAGCCAGAUGCACAUGAAAACUUCAGAUCGCAAGUGCAGUCCCAGUUUCAGAUGAUAGAUCUGGGGUCGAACCGCACGUUCAUCGCAAGGUGACGGCUUUGAAAGGGCACGCUGUUGCACGAUUGACUGAAGCAGCUGCGGGUGUCAAUUAGCCUAACUAACCAACGUCUCUGCCUGGCCUGUCAAUCGGCCGGGUCGGGCUGUGCAGCUCCGUACUCUGUACUCCGUAUAUGUCUGUUCGUCCCUUGGUUGCCCGGUAAAUGGACAGGAUUCAUUCCCAUCAGUCCAGAACAACAUUCUUGCCCGGUUCUGUCCGGAGCUAAACCCUCGCCCUCAAGCCUCAAUCGACCGUCAUGUUGGGUAAACAAACACAAGCCAGCUUGUCAGUGGCACCACUAAUCUCCAUGUCAAGGCCAUCAACCUCAAAUUUUCACGUAACUCCGAAAGUUUUUGGUGUUGCAUUUGUCGUGGUCCUACGUAGUAUGCAAUGUCGACGUAAUAUAUUUAAGUUUCAGUCUUGAGCUCCAGGUUUAAGAUUGAAACCGAUUCAGAGACGAAUACUGGACUGGCCAGUUCCCCCAGUCACGUCAAGCAAGACAGAAAUUCCCCAAGCUACCCUGGGACCUGCCCUACCUCCAGGUACCUGCACCUACCUUAUCUGUACAGCAUUAUAUCAUAAGAACCUUACUGGACCUUACCUCUCCAAGCUCUUCUAGCUCCGUCUAUCAUUGUGCACUAACAACAAAAACGGCACUUGUCGCCCGUAAAGGCACCUUGCUCGCCGCUACCUAACCACCACUUCUUCGCUAGUACGGGUUUUCCUUUCCUCUAGGGUACUGCCCACCCCAACUUAGGCAAUCAUUCCAGUGUCUUCUCGAAGGGAAGGAACCGGCCAAGACAAGCUGGAUAAUCAUGUAGCCCUCGUCGCUGUCGAUCCAUGAGCGCCCGGGCGUUUUUAGCUUUCUCUUACUUUUGCUCAAGGGAGAACCUUCUCAGCUCUCUAAACCUUGAGGCCUCCUCCUGUCGUUUUUAUCGACGCAUUCAGCCUCUUGGAGUAAAAGUUUCUGUCUAAGCAGUGCUUUGUUUCUCGACCGUCUGCUUUCACGCCACGGUCAUCAUUCAUUCAUUCAUUCAACCCUUCUGCUUGGCCAACCGGUUAUACGACAACAAAGAGCAUUUAUCGUCAACAUCCCGGGGGUAUGAAGACUGGACGACUUCUCGCGGCCAUUCUAGGAGAUCCCUGGCCUCUCUAGACCGCCAGACUGCACAUAUCUUCAGCCACCCGCACAAAACUUAUCUUCGAGAAACACCUGUACAGCUCUUGUUUCUCUCCCUCCUACUCCCUCAUAUGAGACUGGUGUGCGACUUCAAGAUGGUUACAAUACCGCAAAGGCUCGUGCCCCGGACAGACACGUCGUCCUCCUCACGCGAGGCGCCUUAUAUCGCCCUGAUAAUACCCGCGAUUGUGUUCAUACUCCUGGGCCUAUGCAUUGCCCUCCGAAGCAUUGUGAAGCGUCGAGUUGCCAAGCAUGGCGAGCGUUCACUCGAAUUUUGGCCAUGGAGCUGGCUCAGCGCUUGUGUAGGCGGUACACGGGUUCCUCGUGCUCACUCCUGGGAGGUCAGCGUCUCUUCGCCUACAGGGCUCCCCCGCGAGAUGCGACAGGCAGCAGCGCCGCCACCCCCACCAGCGCCUUCGCAACAAAAGAAACCAGGCCAUGAAGAGCGGUCAAAGACAACCAGAAAAAUGUGGGAGACCGUGGGAGCCGAUCAUUAUCAGCCCAAACACAAAGCCAGCAAUCGCUCCAGCAACUCCAGCAGCAGAUCCAGUAUAGUUACUGGUGACAGUGAUGUUGCUCCCCAACAAGGGCCGUCAACUUCUACGAUCGCCAAGCCAGAGCCUGCCAGGAUAAAGGGCGAUGCGUCUUCAGAGCGCUCCAGUCGCGGCAGUCUCGAUCAGGACGAUGAUAUCAGCAAUGCGCGGACAAAAAAGUACGGGAGGCAGCUGGCCGGGCCACCGGUGCUGCAACUUCCUGCUGAGUUUGGCCGCUCGGGAAGCAGCUGGGAGAUUGACACUAAGAAACUCUUUCCGCCAACUACAUGAUUCCCUUUCUAGUGUUCGAAAGCUACAACUACCAUCCUUCUAAACCCAUCAAAACCGGGCUUCACCAAUGCGAGAACUUUUACCGAACAUUUCUCGUUUGCUUCGUUCAGGUAUUUGGAUUUGCCGUGGACACCACGUCAGUUAUCUAUGAAAAAAAGCAACACCAAUAAGAGUCCAAAGUCUGGUAUAGCGAAUCAUUACUGUCCGAGCUUUAGCUUUUGGAUCUAUGUAUGGUUUCUACGAGCCAAAUACCCUCUUUACCUUAAGUGCUUGAUUUUGGAAAUGAUUCAGUCACUCAAAGAGUGCAUUAGUGGUUUACUCGCAAACCUUAGGAGAUUGCUAUUGGCAUAAUCACCAAGAAGCCCUAACAACGGUUACUAGUGUGACAUCAGUACCGGCACCGGGGAUAUGAUAAUGACUGCAUACACAACGAAGGCGUCUGUUAGGCCAUGUUUUGGGAAGAAUUUAUGAUGACAAUGCAGCAUCAGAGGCUGUUUGUUCGGGGCCGAAUACUCCUUUGUGGAUUAUUCAUAGCAUAGCGAUACAUAAGGCUAUAACGGCCAGCAAGUUUCCAGAGUUAUCUGGGUUAAAUGCAUGACGUCCAUUCGAAC